GUCUGCUAGUCUGUGAUUAUAGGGCGCGCGACAAAGUAUUUUCGUGUUGAUGUUGAUGUUCUAACAUAGAAAUAAAAAUAAUUAUGUUGAUAAUUUUGCUGUGUGGGUGUUGCGAGUAGUGGGACACGAAUGUUAAACUCAUAUAAAAUUAUGUCAGUGCUCAUUUACUUUUAGCUUUACGCGGUUGCCUCGCAAUAUUAUGUUGAACAUUCAUAAAUUAUGGCUAUUUUCUUCUUUAUGCAUUAUUGUUAUUGUAGUUUUAUAUUUCCAGUCCGAAGUAACUCGUCUAGAAGAGGGUUAUCAAAAGCUAGAAUACAAAUUAGUUCAAACGCAUUCGCAAUCUCGUCAGUUUUUCCCGAAGCCGACAGAAAAAGAUGACGAUGAUUUGGUCGUUAUAUACAACAGGGUACCAAAGACUGGGUCUACCAGUUUUGUUGGUGUAGCAUAUGAUUUGUGCAAGAAGAAUCAUUUUAAAGUUUUGCAUAUCAACAUAACUGCGAACAUGCAUGUUAUGUCACUGAAUAACCAGUAUAAAUUCGCCCAAAAUGUGACAAAGUGGCAAGAAAUCAAACCUGCACUAUAUCACGGACAUAUGGCAUUCCUCAACUUUGAUAGGUUGGGUACAACAACAAAACCCUUAUUUAUAAAUUUAAUAAGAAAGCCGCUGGAUCGGCUUGUUUCUUAUUAUUAUUUCUUAAGACAUGGGGACAACUUCAGACCACAUCUUGUCAGGAAGAAGCAUGGGGACAAAAUGACAUUUGAUGACUGUGUUGCAAAAGGACAGCCAGACUGUGAUCCAAGCAACAUGUGGCUGCAGGUACCUUUCUUCUGCGGACAUGCUGCUGAGUGUUGGAAACCAGGAAAUAAGUGGGCAUUAGAUCAAGCAAAGCACAAUCUCAUUAACCACUACUUAUUAGUAGGAGUUACUGAAGAAAUGUUAGAUUUUAUCUCAGUAUUAGAGGCUGUAUUGCCACGGUUCUUCAAAGGUGCAAUAGAGCAUUACUUAAGUAGUAAUAAGUCCCACUUGAGGCAAACAAGUUCUAAAAUUGAGCCCACAUUAGAAACAAUAGAACGGAUAAAAAAAUCUGAUAUAUGGAAGAUGGAAAAUGAGUUGUAUGAAUUUGCAUAUGAACAUUUUAAGUUUGUGAAACGGAAAGUUCUCAUGAAAGAUGUGAAUAGCAUACCCCAGAUUUAUUUUUAUGAAAAAGUGCGUCCAAAGUGAUAUUGCAACUUAGGUUAAUGCCUAACGGUUAGUUUUAUGUUUUCUACUCUGACUGGACUACUAUUCUUAGUAAAAUUUUUCUAUUGUUACUAAAUAACUGUAAAUUUUGUAAUUAUUUAUUUUAUAUUAAUGACUGUAGUUUAUCAAGGUUUUUAUACAUUAUGUAAAACUUUGUUAAUUAUAACAUUGUAGUUAAAUUUAUAGCACUAGUCUAUACCAUAUUGGUAACGAAAAAACAUUCCAUUAGUUAUAAUUAUUUGUAGAAACUUAGUUAUGUUUGUAGAAAGUAUUAUAUUUAUAUAUACAGUGUUUCAAGUUUGUAUGCAAUAAUGGUAAAACAAAAAUGAAUUUCACAUAAUAUAUUUAACUAGAGUUACAUGAGUGAUCAAUUUUAAUAGAAAGAAAUG